AUGUCGAACGAGACGCGUCCACCUCGGGGUGCGUCAACACGCAAGCACGAUGUGGACGCAUUACUAGCAGAUUUGAGCCUCGAUGUGAAACCUCCUCGUGUGUCGCGUAAACCUAGCGCACGUCCAUUCGAGCACAAAUCAUCAUCCACUCGUCCUGACGAUGCCCAGAGUCUGCUGGACGACCUAGAGGGCUUGGUCCAACGUCGGCGCUCCCUGCAGCGAGAUGCAAAAGAAGGCGAAGAAUCACCUAACAAACAGGCAUCGGCAGCAUCCCAUACUGCUUCACCGGGUUCCCGUCCAGGCCUAGACCCCGCUCGCCCCAUGCAGCGCACAUCGCCAAGUCCCAGUAAGGUAGUCGCACCCGUGCGUCCACCUUCCUCAGAGAGUGUGUCUCCUCGCGACGUCAAGACUCAAGAGAGCACACCUACGGCGCAAGAGCCUAUCACAGCGCCCGAGACAUCCGCCGAGCCGGCCAAGGAAGGCGCGUGGGGCGGAUGGGGCAAUCUUUUUUCGACAGCAAGCAAGUUGGCUGAACAAGCACGGAAUGAAAUUGGUCGUCGCACAGCGGGAGUGGUGCCAAAUAUGCCACUCGACAAGGAUGCCCAUCCUGAGCAGCAAAUCUUUGAUCUUGGAAACAAGGUAGCGCAGCGCGUGCGCGGAUUUGUCCAACAAGGUGGAUUGGAGCACAUCCGGGAUAACAUCACCGCUGCAGGUCUUCGUGGCUGGAAUGAUAUUGUGAAUGCGGUGGUGUUGCCGAUGGAGGCUCAUGACUCAUUACAUAUCACUGUCAGUCAUGACAUGGUAGGGUACGAUGGCAUCGAGACACUUGCUUUCAAGGUGCUUUCACGCGUCUUGUCUCAAGCAGAGCUGGAUAUUUCCGUAUCGCGUGACACAUCCGUACCGUCCCAAGAGCCUGAGACAGCCUCGGAGCGUAAAUAUGAUUUGUAUGCUGCAGAUACACGUGAACAAGGUCUGCAGCAAGCCAAAGAGGCUCUACACCGGCUUUGUGACAGUGUACUGUCAACGACGGAUGAAAACGACACGUCGGCAUGCCCUGUCAUUCUCCGAAUUCAGCCUUUCUAUGAUCAACUGCUUGCUCCUGGCGAAGAUGAUCUUUUUGCUACAGUGGCGCAGGGCAAACAGAAGGAGCCUGCAGGAGGGGCGAAUGGGCUUUUCUUCUACGUGUGGUGGGUUGAUCCCAAACACAAACUAAGUCACGUCACGCAAAGUCAGGCUGUGCCGUCGUGGUGGUUGACGGUCUCGGACGCAGAGAAUCACUGGGUGGAGUUGGUGCUCAGUGACACGCUGGAAAAUGCGAUUGCAACAGUGUCGCAAGACUAUAUCCAAAGCCGCCGGGCGCUCUUUGCCAAGGCGACCGCGACUGCCUCGGCCGCAGAGCCAUAG